AUUUCGUUAAGGGUUUGGAAAUUCUCUACAAGCUGCUAAUCGCAACAUCUUUGUUGUAAAUAGCAAAGGUACACUAAGCCACUACAAACGAAAGGGUUCGAAGUGAUUGACGAGCAAUCUUGCCAUUCCAAACCAAUUUCAAGCUUCUCUCGCCUGUUGCAUGGCAGUUUGAAGCAGCUCGCGUGUACUGAUGGCUGUCAGGUUCGUGCUCCUGCUGAGCCGGCAGGGCAAAGUACGCCUGUCCAAAUGGUACACCACCUACAAUCAGAAGGAGCGAGCAAAGAUCAUCCGAGACAUCACACCGCUUGUGCUGGGCCGCGCACUUAAACUGUGCAACUUCCUCGACUACCAGGACAUUAAGGUGGUGUACAAGAGAUAUGCCAGUCUAUACUUUGUCAUGGGCAUUGAUGCUGGCGACAAUGAGCUCAUCACCCUGGAGCUUGUGCACCACUAUGUGGAGGUUCUGGACCGCUACUUUGGCAAUGUGUGUGAGCUUGAUCUCAUCUUCAACUUCCACAAGGCAUACUUCAUGCUGGAUGAGAUGCUGAUUGCUGGGCAGCUUCAAGAACCCAGCAAGAAGGCCAUCACCAGAGCGAUAGAGGCCCAGGAUCGAUUAGUCGAGGAGGCCAAGACUGGCAUUGUGGAGACUGCCCUUGGCACCAAUGAGGUUUGAAUGUACGAGAUGGGAUAAGAGGCCGGCUGCUGCUCCAGUGGAUAAUAAAAAGCUCAUUGUCAGGAUGAAACUUGGGACGGUAUGCUACAUAGCUGAAGAUAUCUGUAUCAUUUUUGUCGGAGAUAUAUUACAGAAUAUCACAUGGGAGGUCCUUGUUUGGGGACAAGCCAGACAUCUGAUUUCCCCUCCUUGGAACAAGAUGCGGAGCAAGAAACAACUUCACAGAUUGGCAAUUGCAGUCCUUGAUUUAACUGCCGUGUGAUAUAUAUUUACUGCCAUUGAAUUGUAUACUUCUGUGCAUGAAAGGCUCCUCAUGCUCAUGCACCUUCAGCUCAGCAUUGUCUUUCUAACAUCCUUCAGCAUGGAUAGAAAGAUUGAGUAUGCACAUUGAGUCACACUGUCCACCUUGGGCCUGGGGGCCCCAUGCAUGUCAUACACGCAACCGGUCCAACACACAGCCUCAAGCGGUCAGCUUGAACUUGAUGCCGGGCUUGAACUUGGCCGACACAUCAUCUGCCAGCUCCUCCUCCUUAGCCCAGGAGCCAUUCUGAUGUGUCUCCUCGUGCGGGGCUGCAUGCUCAGCUGGGCUAGCAUACGGGCCCGCCGGGUCUGCAUCGAUAGCCAUGGCAUCCUGCGCCGGCUUUGCGGCGGCCUCAAUUGCCAUCGUGUCCUUGUCCUUGUCGGUGCGGCGGCGGCGGUGCUUCUCGCGCGCGAGCAGGAAGGUGUCGGCCUGCUCCAGGAACAGCGACAGGUCCUCCUCGCGGCCCUUGGCCUCCUCCUCCGCCGCCUGCACCGCCUGCUUGGCGCCCAGCAGCGCGCGCGCGUACUCCGCCAUCGCCUUGAGCCACUUCUUGUACUGCUUGCACGCCUCCUCGCUUUU